UGUAGAGAUAAUAUGAGUGGCUCUGAAAUUGUCACUUAUAGUAAAUUUUAAAAUUAUCUAGUGUUACAUAUUUUGAAUAAGUUAUUGUUCUGAAUAUGGGUUUAAUUGGUGGAUUUAAAGCCAAAUUCAUAAGAAAUAGAAAACAGAAAGAAAAUACUCAAGAAGUGGUCGUUCCUUUACAUUAUCGAGUCAAAGCAGAAUUUGAUUCACAAAAUCCACCAGAUGCAGUUCCCAUUGGAAUUAAGUCAGCACUCCGAAAACCAAGAACUCCUAUCCGAUCAGACACAUUUACAGAAACGUCUAAAACCAUAAGUGAAAAACUAAAAAGUGCAUCCCUAAAAAACGUAGGAGAAAAUUCAUCUGAUUCAGAAAUACCUAAACAAGAAGGGAGAAAUAAAACAUAUAUUGAUAAGGGAGCCAAUACAACAGAAAAUUCGAACCCAUAUGUAAAUAACAAAAAAGGAGAUCAUAGAAAUGUCAUUAGUAAUAAUUCAGAUUCAACGCUUAUUCUAAUGACACAAGGUUCAGAUUCUUCACCCACUAAAAACUUCAAAACAAACUCACGACGUACUCUGCCUACACCUGAAGUUCAAGUUGGUGGUCCUUUCCCAAUGAAUUCAAAUCUACCUAUGGAUUAUGAAGAAUUUAAAGUAAACGUGAUGCAACACGAUCAAUUUUACGAAUCCGAAGAGGAAGAUUUUGAAGAACCAAUAGAUAUGUCACAAUAUGCUCGCCCAUCAUUUAGUUACAGCAGUCAAGCAACUAGUAUCUUUUUUGGGGACACAGAACCAACAAUUACUCGUCCUAGAAAAAUUAUAUUGAGAAACGGAGAUGUAGAUGAAGAAGAAGAAGAAAAUGACUGUUAAUAGCUUUAUAUGGUGAAUAAAUCAACAAAAGUUUAUUAAGCACUAAAUCAAAUGAUACUGGAACAAAAAAUAUAAAUACGGAUGUGGAAAUGAAGCAUAAAAAAAUAGUAGGAAAUAUUCAGUGAGACAAGAUAAAGAAUGAAGACAUCCAAAAAGUAACAAAACAAGAAUCAAUAAUAGAGUAAGUAUACAGUAAUAGCUUUUUGCAAUUUUGGAUAAUUGGAAACAAACGUUUUUGACAAACAGAAAUAAAACCAUACCUGUAAAAUUUUGUACAGCCCUUGCAUACUCUAAUUCAGAAGGAUUAUGUUUUGCUAACCAUUCAGCUAUUGGUUUAUCUUUAAAUGAACCGGUCAAUCCGUGUUCUACCUGAAUUUUUCUUAAUGUUUCUGCCUUUGUUACCAUCUCUAUCAUACCUGGAGGAGAAUAAUAGAAGCUCAACAACUUGGUCAUUAGAUAAUCAAUAUCUACUAAUUUUUCACAUAUCAACCACAGCCUUACCUUUUCUUCUGGAUGUCGGUAUACAUGUAAAUGCUACCAUUUUUAGAUCUAAUCCCUUACUCAACCACAACUUAUCCAUUAAACGAAUCAUUUGCAAUGUCAACAUAUCUUGUUGCAAAUCAUCUCCAACUUUAUAAAUAGCUGCUCUUAUUGAACUAUCUUCCAUUAAGAAGUUUAUUUUCAAGGGUAAUGUAUUAGAUGGAAAAUAAGAACAUGAUUGUAUAUCUACUCCUUUCACCCUCAAUGUAGGUGAGAGAGGUAAACUUGUUGGGGUUUCUUGAAGAUCUUUGUGAAUUUGUCCCAAACCAUUGUGUAAAACAGUGAGACGAUGAGACUCUUUGGUUUUUUGUACUUCUUCGGCUAUAUCAUUUAAUUUCUAAAAUAUCAUAAUUUUUCUAAAUUUAUUAUAGCAGUAUGCCAAAGUUUUGAUCCAAUAUAUUCAUAAUUUUUCAAAAUUAAUUUCAGCAAUAUGACAAGUUUUUGCUUCAAUAUAAUAAAUAGGAAACCAGUAAUCUAAAAAUUUCAUUCAUAAUCUUACCUUAACAAGAGACUGCUGGUAAAGAAAACAAUCUCCUAGGGAUUUUCCACAUAUAGCUAAUAAAGCUCUUAACAGUAGUUUCAGUCUUCUAUGGUGUCUAAAUUCGCUAAUACCCAAUUCCAUAUCUUUACCUCUUAUUUCUGAUGUGCAAUUCUAAAAAAAUAGAUGACAAAAAUGACUACACAAUAUGGAUGUAGUUCAAAAGUAUUCUAGGCUGGGAAGCCUGAUAGUGCUGUUCAAUUUGAAUUUGUGUAUAAUGAAAUAGUAAAGUUAAAACCAAAUGCUCUAUUUGUAUUAAUCAUGUAUCAGUCAAUGUAGAUGCCGUAACAGCCAAUGAUUGCAAUACAAAUAGAAUGUAAAUAGUGGAAUUUCACCAAGAAAUAAACAGAUUAGACAAAAUGGUUAUAGGACAAUAGAAUAUGUUAUAAGAAAACUCAAGAAUUUGUCUUUGUGGGAAUAAAUAAAUUUAUAUAUUUGGAAAUGGUUACUGAAAUAAAAAUUAGUCAUUAAGUCCAGUAUAUAGGGCAAUAUUAGCAAAAGAUAGGAAACUAGGAAGGUGGAAUAAAUCUUAUGAAAUCAAAGUAGAUAUAUAGUAAAAUGAAAAAGGUCAAAAAUGAAUACUUACUUGAGGCGAAUCUCCUGGAAUGCUAUGACAUAAUAACCAAAAUAAAUAAUGUGCAAAUCUAGGAGACCUUAGAGCUCUGUCUAACAAGAACUUUGCUAAUGAAGAAUUUUCAUAAGUUUCAUGUCUCAAAGCUACUACUAGUUGGGGUAAGUAAUCUACUAAUUCAUCAUUUGUAAGGCCUCUGAUCCAUCUAAUAGCCAUCCUCCUGACCUAAAAUAUUGAAAAUUUAUUGUAAAUUCACCACGGGGUGAUAAUUUUAAUAAACAAGUAAGUAGCUUUAAUAUGGUAAAUAUGUGUAUAUUGCAUCUAGAUUCCUUUGUAUCAUAUCUGGAUAGAAUCUUUGUAAAAAUAUUGUGGUAUAAAAAAGAGUAGUUCUACCAAUUUUUAUUAAAAGACAGAAGUCAUAAAUGACAUUCUUCUCUGUACGAAAUACAUUACUUGGGCAGUGAUAACAAAUUCUUUCCUUACUAUUUGCCAUUCUCUUAAUACCGGCGAUUAUCAUUCGCAAGACGUAGGCAUUAAUAUAUCUAGAUUUCUUUGGGUAUAGCUUUUGUUUGUAAAUAUACCCAUUAAAAAGAACAAGGAACAACAUAACUUACUAAUAACUUUUUUUGUUACUAACCUCUAGAUCCGGGUAUACGGGAAGAAGUAAUUCCAAUGCUUGAAUUGGUUUCAGUCUUGUCCACGCAUGCAGCAUACCGUGAAGAUCUGGAAGUUGAACAUAUUCCCAACUGUGAGCAGCAAGAAGUACUUUUGGUAACGCUGUCUGAAGAUGAUAUAGAUAGUGACGUUUUUCCCAUAAAAUCUAUAAAACAAUUAAUGUCUUUAUGAAAUGUUGAGUAUAAUUUAUUUUAAAUAUUUAUCUAAAUUGAUAGUUAUAUUUGCUGAAUACAUUUUGAUUAUUAUUACCAAAUAAUAAAUACAAUUCAUAUAA